GAGGGGCAGCAGGGUCCGCUGGUGGCCGGGGCCAGCUCGGGGGCUUGCAGCUCGGCCCCGGUGCGAGCCCCGCAGCGCCAGCCCGCCCUGGGGGCUCAGGGAGGCCGGGCAGAGCCAGGGGUGAGAGGAGGAAUAAAGGCAUCUCCUGACAGGGAUUAGGGAAACAGCAGGGCUGUAGACAGGUGUUGCUGCAACAGAUUAAAUUCUUCACUCAGCGUGUGCGUUUUUCAGCUGCUGAAAUGUGGUCUUUUGAAAGAAGUUCUGUUCAGGGCCGUGCGUCUGUGGCUGAGUUGUGUCAGCUUCCUUGGGCCAGGGCUGGGUGGUUUGUACUGGUGUUAUUUAUCCGAAUCUUCAUCGCACACAGUGUGAGCCCGGCAGCCAUGGAGAAGUGGAGCCUGAUGACCAUGGCGGUGCUGCUGGCGCUCACCGUGCGCUGGGCUGUGUCCCUGGGCUCCUACUCAGGGGCAGGAAAACCACCCAUGUAUGGAGACUACGAGGCUCAGAGGCACUGGCAAGAAAUCACCUACAACUUACCCAUCAGGCAGUGGUACUUCAAUACAAGUGACAACAACCUGCUGUACUGGGGCCUCGAUUACCCACCCCUCACUGCCUACCACAGUUUUGUGUGUGCUUACAUUGCAAAGUUAAUAAAUCCUGAUUGGGUUGCUCUGCACACAUCUCGGGGCUAUGAGAGCCAGCCCCAUAAGUUAUUUAUGCGUACAACAGUGUUUGUUGCUGAUCUGCUGGUUUAUAUCCCUGCAGUUAUUUUAUAUUGUUUUUCCUUGAAAGAAACAUCUGCUAAAAAAAAGGUUUCCAGUGCUUUCUGCAUCCUGCUUUACCCAGGCCUCAUCCUUAUUGACCAUGGGCACUUCCAAUACAACUCAGUGAGCCUUGGCUUGGCCCUGUGGGCUGUCCUUUGUUUGUCCCAUGACUGGGACCUCCUGGGCUCCAUGGCAUUUUGCUUGGCCUUAAAUUAUAAGCAAAUGGAGCUCUACCAUUCCCUGCCCUUUUUUUGCUAUUUACUUGGAAAGUGCUUCAAGAAGGGACUGAAAGGAAAGGGGUUGGUGCUGUUGGCCAAACUGGCAGGGACAGUGCUGGUGUCCUUCGCUGCCUGCUGGCUCCCGUUCGGCACCGACGUGGAACAAAUCAUGCAAGUACUCAGAAGACUCUUUCCCAUUGACAGAGGCUUGUUUGAGGAUAAAGUAGCCAAUAUUUGGUGCAGUCUAAGUGUCCUUAUAAAGAUAAAGAAUGUAAUAUCCCCUCGAACUCAGCUGAAACUCAGUUUUGCUAUAACAUUCCUGAGCCUGCUCCCUGCCUGUAUCAAGCUCACUGUCCAGCCUUCCCUGCGAGGGUUUAAAUUUGCCUUGGUCAGCUGUGCCUUGUCAUUUUUCCUGUUCUCCUUUCAAGUCCAUGAAAAAUCGAUUCUUCUCGUGUCAGUCCCAGUCUGCUUGCUCAUAAAUGAAAUCCCCUUCAUGGCCACAUGGUUUCUACUUGUGUCAACUUUCAGCCUGCUGCCCCUGCUGCUGAAGGACGAGCUGCUGCUGCCCUACGCCGUCACCACGCCCGCCUUCCUGGCCGUGUGCCUGGCCUCCUUCUCCAUCCUGGAGAAGACCUCAGCAGAGGACCUGCAGCUCAAGGCCUUCUCCCUUUCCCUCAAGGGCUACGUGUCCUGGUUCAAGUCCUUUCCCAGGAUUGUCAGGAGCCUGUUCCUGCUGUCCCUGUCCCUGAUGGGUCUCCUGUCAGUGCUCAGUGCUGCAGUGCCUCCUCCCCAGCGCCUGCCGGAUCUGUUCCCCCUGGCCGUGGCCGUGGUUUCCUGCCUGCACUUCCUGCUCUUCCUGGUGUACUUUAAUGUUGUGGUACUCUGGGACUCCAGGAGUAGAGGGCAGAAGAAAAUCAGUUAAUGGAGCUGAAGCUGCAGGACUGGGAGUGCUCAGUGAGAGGUGCCAGCACUGCAGAGGAGCCUGUGUGUGAUGGACACAACUCGAGGAAAGCCAGGAAAAACCUUUUGCUUAUUUAAACACAAAACAAUCAAAGACUGUUUUAAAGGAGAAGUAUUUUGAAGAGCAUUGGAAAUGGGAUUUGAUUUGUUUUCUUUGGAAGUGUCAUACUUUUGUUACCGUUUGUUAACCUAAAAUGCUUAAUAAAGGACCAAAUUUUGAAUUAA